AUGGCAGGCAUAACUAUGGAACUGCCAAUGCGCCCGGCCCCCAACGCCGCCAGCGCCGCCGGCGUCGACGCCGCCGCCGAAGCCGCCAGAAAAAUGCUCCAGGAUAUCAAAUGCCGAAUGCAAGAGUUCUUCAAUGUACUCAUCCGCAUGCCGCACAUUGAGCCUGAUGCUCUCAGACUCCCUCCCGAAACAGGCUGGGAAAAUGUCGGGGACACUAGGCUCCGUGCGCGAGGCAAGACCGAGGGCGCCAUCAACUUUCUCAAGCAGCUACCCUGUCUCGUCCAUGGCGCGGGCAUGGAGCAGCCCUCUCUCACGCCGCGCAUACAAUCGGUCUACUUUAGCGAGGGUAUAGCGUGCCGCAUGCCGGAGCGACACGUCGCGGACGCGCCGGGCAACGUUGUAUGGAUAGGCGAGGCCAAGAGCGCAGACGGAUGCUUCCUCCUCUUGGACACCAGCACUGGCAGUUUGACAGAAGUCUCCCUUUCGAAAAACACCAGACUGAGGAAGCCUGGCAAGUACAAGGCUUUGCCGGUUACUUUGAAGUGGAUGGCCCGCAAAACGAUGCCAGCGACGGACUGGCUGGAGCAGGAGACGAGGAAGUUGCUGGAGCUGGCAUAUAUCCCUGUCCCUGCGUUUUUCCCACAUGGCGUUAGGUUCUUCCACCGCUGCUCGGACCCCCGGAUGCUGCCUGCUUUUAUCGCCGCCGACAACUAUGAGGUAAACGGAGGUCGGAAUUGGCGUGGUGAAUUUAAGAAGAAUGUUAAACCGGACGAAGAUGACAAAGUGAUUGAAGACGUCAAAAUGGAUGAAAACGUCAAAAUGGAUGAAGACGUCAAAAUGGAUGAAGACGCCAAAAUGGAUGAAGACGUCAAAAUGGAUGAAGACGCCAAAGUGGAUGAACACGCCAAAGUGGAUGAACACGCCAAAGUGGAUGAACACGCCAAAGUGGAUGAAGACGUCAAAAUGGAUGAGGAUAUCGGACUGACUGAAGAUAUCGUACCAAAUAAGGAUAUCAGAUCGGAGGUGGAUAGUAAGCCGAAUGAGGAUGCUGCCAUGAGCGAUGGGAAUGGGGGUGAAAAUGGAGAUGCUACGAGCGAAUGGUGGGCACUCACAGAGGAUGAGGAUGAGGAUGAGGAUCAGGAUGAGGAUGAGGAUGAGGAUCAGGAUCAGGAUGAGGAUGAGGAUGAGGAUGAGGAUCAGGAUCAGGAUCAGGAUCAGAAUCAGAAUCAGGAUCAGGAUCAGGAUCAGAAUCAGGAUCAGGAUCAGAAUCAGAAUCAGGAUCAGGAUCAGGAUCAGGAUCAGGAUUCGGAUACGGAUUCGGAUACGGAUUCCAAUUACUCACGCGUAACAGCCAAUGAAUACUUGGACCUCGCGAUCGAAAAUCUGGAGCCGUUUGCGGAAGAGCCGAAGUCUUGGGAUACAAAGAUCAGCUACUUGACAUGGGCGCUUUUUGACGACUCCAUCCCGCCAGACGGCGUCUCUUCAAUUACCAAGCUGCGGGCCUUGUCUAAGGUGCUGGAGCAGCAGGACCGUGCCGACAAAGGCCCGGAGCAGCAGGACCGUGCCGACAAAGGCCCGGAGCAGCAGGACCGUGCCGACAAAGGCCGGGAGCAGCAGGACCGUGCCGACAAAGGCCGGGAGCAGCAGGACCGUGCCGACAAAGGCCGGGAGCAGCAGGACAGUGCCGACAAAGGCCGGGAGCAGCAGGACCGUGCCGACAAAGGCCAGGCCGGGAAGAGGAAAAGGGGAGAAUAUGAAGAGUGGGAGGAUGGGAAGCGAAGAAAAAGGGGUUGA